UUGUGCGUUACAUAAGACAAAGACUUAAGGCAUAAAACACUGCCUUAAGGUUAUAAAACAGCCAUUCUGCUUAGGCCCUAACAGUGAAAGGAACACAAUAGUGCAGAAUUCAAUACAAUGGCGCACGUUGUAGAUGAUAGAAUUGUAGAGUUAGAACUUGCAUCUUCAGAUGAAGAAGAUUUUUAUUUAUUACCAUCAUUACCACCAAUUCUGAAUGAAGAUAAUGUUGAAGAAGAUUACAAUGAAUUGCAAAUAUUUCAUCCAAUUCUUGGAAUGAUUCAACGAAUAGAACACGUAAGAAUACAUAAUUAUGUGGAAAACGUUAUUCGAAAUUAUAACAACAUCGAUUUUAUUAUGCACUUCCGUUUAUCAAGAGAAGUAGCAUACCAUUUAAUAGACCAAUUCCAUGUAUCUGAGAUAUUUACUUCUUUACAAGGUACGGAAAGAGGACGUUUAAAAGUAACUGCAGAAAAACACAUUUUUUGUUAUCUAUGGUUUGUAGGCCAUGAAAGUGCCGGUUAUCGCGAUGUGGCUGAUUGAUUUGGGAUAACUAUUAGCGUUUUACAUAAAAUUAUUACUAGAGUAACUGAUUUCAUUAUGUCUUUAGCACCCAAUAUUAUUCGAUAUCCAACUGCAGAUGAAAAAGAAGAAACAGCUUUUUAUUAUCGCUAUGAGAAAGAGUUUCCUGGUGUAAUCGGUGCUAUAGAUGGUUCUCAUAUUAGAGUAGAUAAACCUAUAGAAGAUCCUAACUCGUAUAUUAAUAGGAAACAAUAUUUUUCGUUGCAUCUUCAAGGCGUAGUCAAUCACAACAUGAAAUUUAUUGAUGUAUUCGUCGGAUAUCCUGGUAGCGUUCAUGACGCAAGGGUAUUUAGAAACUCACCAAUUCGUAAUGAUCUUCGUGAACUUUGCGGAGAUAAUUACUACCUAUUAGGGGACAGUGCGUAUCCCUGCCUAAAACAAUUAAUUGUCCCAUACAGAGAUAAUGGGCAUUUAACACAUGCACAAAGAAAUUUUAACCAAAAAUUGAGUUCUUGUCGCGUAGUUAUAGAGAACGCUUUUGGUUGUCUGAAACAACGGUUUAGGCAAUUAUAUCAUUUUAAGUUACGCGAUAUAAUAAGAAUGGUCCGCAUUAUACACGCCUGUUGUGUACUUCAUAAUAUGGCGAACGCAAGAGAAGUAGAAUAUUUUGAAGCACCUAUGGAGGAUGAAUAUCCAGAUAUUGAAGUGCAAGGUCAACAUAUUGAACAGCGCAUUAAUAAAAUACCAAGAGAAAAUGAAACUGGAAUACAUAUUCGCGACGAAAUAUGCCGCCAAUUAAAUAUUCAAUAAACAAGUAAACAUAAUAAAAAAUGCAUUAUUAUAUUUCAAAUAUUUUGUAACCAACUUUUA